GUCGUUGCGUGAUCUCGACUCCCUGCCUGUGCUGCUUCUGCAGAAAGGCAAUACCCACUUAUGGAAUGAUCAGGGGUGCAUUAUUCCGUGAUUGUAUUUAUCUCUUGAGGACAACGCCUACUUCAAAGUAGGAACUUUUAUUUUGGCGUGAAUUCACUAAUCAAAAUCCCGUGUUAAAAUAUUUGGAAGGCGGUAGGUACAUACCUACCAGUAGGUUCUGGCAACGCAAUACGUCAUCAGAGUCCGAAUCGGAACAUUGAUCAACUAAAUUCGGCUCUUCGGCCUAUUCCAUAAAAAAGAUUAAAAAUGUAUGAUGUAAGUUAUAUAUGAACUCGUGAUUGCUCUUUACAUACCUAGUAGUCCAAACACGAAUUUACCUAUGAAUUCUUUUGGUUAUUUUAGAAAGGGCGAUAAUGUCUAGUAGUAAAGACGAGGACGAUUCUGAACACUCUCGUGGCCGAUCAUCAGUCCCAGAUGCUGAUUCCCCUGCUACCGGACCCGACUGGGGGUUGUCUGAUUGCGAAUGCCCCCAGACGGAAAAGUAUCACGACGGCCAUCGGCCAUGUACUCUCGAUCAGCGUCCGUCGCAGGUACGCACAACCGGUCGGGAUGAUCUAAAUGGACCCUCAAGAUCCCUUUCACGAACGGUCUCCCGUCGGGAUAACGUACUAUCACGGGUGCGCUCCAGGCCAACUAUUCCACCAUUCAGCCACCCUCUCGCGAAGGUCAAAACAGGCCAAGACUGUCUCGUCGACUUCGAUGGGCCGGAUGAUCCCUACCGCCCGGUAAACUGGCCGCGACAUAAGAAAGUGGCGACCACGCUCCUCUACGGCUUAGUCACUAUGACCGCCACCUGGGCCUCCUCAUCCUAUUCCGCAGGCACGGCGCAGAUCGCCGAACAGUUCCACGUCGGCGAGCAAGUCGCCACGCUAGGCACAACUCUCUUCCUCCUUGGCUUCGGCAUAGGACCCCUGCUUUGGGCACCGCUGUCAGAAGUUUAUGGAAGACGUGUGGCGGUACUCACGCCCAUGUUCAUCUCCAUAUGCUUCUCGUUCGGAGCCGCGACUGCCAAGGACUUUCAGACUCUCAUGCUGAUGCGGUUUUGGGGCGCCAUCUUCGCCUCGGCGCCGGUCACGAAUACCGGUGGUGUACUUGGAGACCUGUUCACGCCGGCUUAUCGAGGUAUUGCAAUGGCGGGAUAUGCGAUGGCUGUUGUUGGCGGACCUACCGUAGGCCCUAUCGUAUCAGCCGCCGUCGUGGCACAGCCAAAUUACGGUUGGCGCUGGACCGAAUACACGACCGGGAUGAUACAGUCCCUUGUUCUAUUCUUCGCUGUUAUCUUCAUCGACGAGACAUAUCCGCCCAGACUUCUUGUUACUAAGGCGCGCCGACUGAGGUUCGAGACAGGUAACUGGGCACUCCACGCGAAGUUCGAGGAAUGGGAUGUAAGCAUUAUGGAGCUCUCGAGGAAGUUUCUCGUCCGUCCCAUCCAGUUGCUCUGUACACCUAUCUGCUCCUUGAUCGCUCUAUAUGCCAGUUUUUGCUACGGCAUCCUCUACAUGCAACUCGGAGCAGUUCCCAUCAUAUUCGGAGAAGUCAGAGGAUGGUCAAUAUUGUCAGCCGAGCUACCCUUUUUAGCUCUCCUCCUCGGCUCGCUUACCGGCGCAGGCAUAAAUAUGUCCAACCAGCUCUAUUACAAUAAGGCCUACCAUGCAGUCGGUGAUAAGCCUGUUCCCGAGAAGAGACUACCUCCGAUGAUGUUAGGAUCCGUGCUUUUCGCGACGGGCCAAUUCAUUACCGGCUGGACAGCGGACCCGGCUGUUGCGCAUUGGAUUGUCCCUGUCAUCGGGUUAUACCUUUCCGGAUGCGGCUUCAAUACGAUCUUCCAGGCCGCGCUCAACUAUCUCGUCGACACAUUUCAGAUGUAUGCAGCGAGCGCUGUGGCUGCGAAUACGUUUAUGCGAAGCUGCUUUGCGGCCGCCUUCCCCCUCGUCGUCACGCCCCUUUAUCAUAACAUCGGAGUCGGGCCCGGGUCGAGCAUAUUCGCGGGGUUUGCGUGCUUGCUUAUGCCGGUGCCUUACGUCUUCUACUUCUUCGGAAAGAGGAUAAGGGCCGCUAAUAAAUGGAGCAGGAACAGCGUGUUUUGAAAAGUUCUUGAGAGUUGCAUGGCAACGGCGUUUGGGGACGCAGCAUCAUAACGAAGAGCAUGAGCCAUUACUAACUCGUACAUACCUAUUUAAUCAGCAGCUGAUAGAUAUAGCAUUUGCCAUACAUAAUAUCACUUCAUAGAAUCCUUGGACUAUCUUAUGCA